AACAAAAACGCGAUACUAUAUUUAUAUAACGAUUCGUGUACCUACGAUUAGUGUUUAAACAGCUUAAACAACAUGCGCUAAUGAACAAAUACAUGACGUCGCAUUGUCUGACAGACCGAAUCCGGUGUGCAUGUAAAAACAGUUCUCUAUUUGACGUCGUACAAUUUCUAGUGAUGUGAAAUAUGUCAUUUGGAAUAUGUUAUUAUAAAUAUAAUAUAUAUAUAUAUGUAUGCAUACAUGUAUGCAAUUUAUUUUAUUAACUUUCAACAUCUUUUAACAUCUCUUAGAGGCGCUUUAUAAUCAUAGUUGUAUUACAGUGAUAGCGGUACAAUAUCAUUAAUCAAUAACCGCCGUACGAAUGAUUUACGUGUACUUAUUUAUCAUAUUUAGUUUAGUUUAUAUUGUCGUGACACAUAUCGGUAUCUAGUGGGUAAUCGAACGUAUAAUGUAGUACCUACGCGCAAAGAGGUUAUCGCUUAAAAUCGAAGAAAAACACACGAGCACAAGCCGGAGGAAAAAAAGUGCCGGAAAACCAUCAUGAGUGACGUCCACCUGGAAGAUCUGUUCCACGAAUGCGAUCGGAACGGCAAUGGGAAAAUCGGCCCGGAAGAAUUUCAAGAGUUAUGCGCCAAAUUCGAUAUCGGCCCCAGCGAUUCCGACGUUAUAUUUACCGACCUGGACCGGGACGGCGACGGGCAAAUAUGUCUAGAAGAUUUCGCGUGGGGGUUUCGCGAUUUUUUAACGCCGGGCAAACAAGAUAAACCCAAUAAAAUGAUGUCUUCCGGACAUUCGUCGGACCGGAGAAAUUCGCAAGCUUGGGCAAAUUUUGUCGCCGUCAUCGGUGAACCGGCUUUAAAAAAAUUGUUCCAUACGAGGUAUUUUGAAUACAAGUUUAUUAUGCGCAUUAUAAUGGUUAUUUGCAUGUAUAAUUUAAUAUGGUAUAAUAUAAUUUAAUAGUUGGGAUGUGGGCGAAGGAGAAGAAAAUAAUAAAAUAUUUAGAAAAUUAUAACCAGACAUAUUUUCGAUUAUUUUUUUUCUUUUAUAGUACCGUACUUACUGUUAUAUGUCAAUUUGUGAACCACGAGUUAGAUUUAAAAAAAAUUAUAUUUUUAUUUGAUAUCAAUUAUAGAAAAAUGUGCAAACAAAUGUUUCAAUAAAAACAAUUGUACGCAUUCUUUUACUAAUAGGUUUAUUUAUUAGAGUUAAGAUUAUUUCAGUUUUAUAUACUUUUUAUGUGUAAACUACGUCUUCAUUUCAAAAUACUUAUGUGUUUUAUCUACAAUAAUUUUAAAUUUAAUGAUAGGGAGUUGAAAUUCAAAAACGGAUAUAAAAAUAUGAUUCAAUAUCGUCAAUUACGUUUAACGAUACACAGGACUAUGCAUUUUACUAAAAAUAUGUCUAGUCGUAUUUUUCUAGAAAUAAAAAAAAAAAAAAUUGAAUUAAAUGUUUAUAUCAUCUAACGCACAUUACACAAAAGUAAUUUAGUAUUGUCAAAUACAAAUUUACGUAGGUAGGUGUGUAUACAGAUUACAUUCAAAUACAGAUAUUACAUUACCUAUACAUAAUAUAUGUAUAAAAAAAAAACUAACUAACUAACUAACUACAUUUGUAGUUUAUUUACAGCUGAUUUAUAAACUAUACGCUGUAACACUGUAUAAUAUAAUUGCACUAAGGUGAAAUCCAACGAAUAGUCCAACCUAUUAUACCCUUUUAUAUAUACUUGCUUUUUGAUAUUUAAGUACAGUAGAAACUCGAUUAACCGUCAGUCACGGGACCGGGACUAUGACGGUUUAACAGAAAUUUCGCAAUAAACAUUUAGGUAUAUUUUAUAGCGUAUGUAUUUGCUGACAAAAAUAAUGAAAUAAUGAUAAAUAAUAAAUAAUAAUAAUACAUAAUAACAAUAAAAACAAUACCAUACUAAAAAAUACUAAAACAAAAUAAUUCGUCAUGUUCUUCUGUUUUUUUUUUUUGAGGCAUGAGCUUUUUGAGCGGUAAUGUUUCGUAUUUUACGAAGAAGUAAGGUGACCGAUGACGGAUAACAGAGAGUGAUAGUUAAUCGAGUUUCUACUGUAAUUCUUUUUUAUUUAAAUAUGGACAAUGUUAUAAUAAUUUCAAUUAGAAUUAUACGGUUAUAUGCAUUAUUUAUAUUAUAUAGUAAAACAAUUUAUUUUUUUUUUAUAACGUUUUACUCUUAUGCUUUUAGUGGAAAAAAAUUAGCGGAUUUGUAUAUGGAAAUUCAAAAUUGCAGUCCUUCGUCAGAACUUAUAUCGCAUUUCGAAGGAGCUUUAAGUUCACUGAUGGAAGAUGUGAAACGAUUACACGAAGAUAAUGAAAAACUCGAAGAUAUGUUUAAUCGGUAUAAAUAAUAAAAAUAAUAAACUAUGUCUAGCUUAUUUGUUUGUUUUUUUUAUAGUGAACGACAAACACAUUUAAUUAGACUACGAGGUUUGGAAGAAGAAAUAGAUGCUCAAGUAGCGAAGGUUGAAGCUCAGGCCAGAGACGAAGCACGAGAAAAAUUUGAAUUCGAAAAGAAAGAAUUGAUGAAAAAAAUGGAAGCCGAAACGAUAGAAUUAAAAACACAUUUGAAACUGUUUCAAAAGGCAUUUACUAUUUAUAUCUAAAUAUUAUUUUCGUGUAAUUUAUUGAAUCAUUUCGAUAUGUUGUUGGUAGGUUAAUACGGUGUUAAGUCAGAAGAAAGUCGAUAAAAGUGACAUGGACGAAACCAUCGAAGAGUCGCGAGAACUGAGGCGUAAACUAAUCGAUACGCAAACGAAUCUGGCAGUAGUCCGUUCGGAAAUGGAAAAACUUCGGUCCGAAUACGAAAUGAAAUGUGAGCAGUUUAAUAACAAGUACGAAAUACAUAUUACAUUGUACUUAAUGUUUUAAAAUUUACAAACAAUGUAUAUUUUUACAUUAUAUCUUGUUGUACAUAAUAUUAACUUAAUAGAAUAGAAGUGAAUAUCGACCCGUUCGAAGAACAAAGUGGAGCUCAAUACACUAUAAAAAGAUUAAUGGAUGAUAUAGGUAAUUUCAUAAUCACCACAAUGAUUGCUACAAAGUAUAAUUUUGUAGAAAUCUUUAUAAUAUUUUAACAAAACAUGUAUCAGAUAGUGGCCGUUCGACGCUUAUGGAAUCGAAUAAUUGUUACCAGAGGGAUUUACAAGAAGAGCUCUCGAACGCGUCUUCCAUAAACGCACCUUAUCAUUCGGCAAAAACGGUAUUUACAUUGUAUAAAGCUAAAGCUAAAUUACAAAACAAAUCAAUGAAAUAUAAAUAAUUUCUUUGUUCCUCAACAGUUUUUAAUGAAUAACGUACGUAUUAUAAUACAUUUGAAGAGCAAGGUUUUAAAUCCCGAGGCAUAUUAUUAGUCGGGAUGUUGUUUUAAUAAAACUCGAAUGGUUACAUUCGACGUAUUUUAUAAUAAUAUUUUUAUUUUCGACCAUAAACCUAUUACGAUAAACAUAUUUGUUUGUAUUCCAUUGUUAAUUCAAUUUUCUAUAAUGUGUAAUUUUAUUUUCCUGACAUCCAUAAUUGAAUUCCAUAAGGCCAAUUUGGUUUCAAAAGUAAGUUGUGUACAAGUAAUUUAGACUUUAUUCCGAGUUUUAAAGAUGGGCUCCUAUAUGAAUAUCUAGGCGUAAAGAAAGUUCACGGUUUACAUUUAUAUUUAUUAAAAUAAUACGAAGAAGAGAAUAAAAUAUUCAAGUUUGUUAAAAAGUCUAAUGUAUCAGUAUACUGUUCAAAAGGUUUGCGACACAUCUAAUAAUACUACUCAUAUUCCAUGAUUUGUUUUUGACUGAAAAACUUCGUGUUGAUACUUUGACAGUUGAGUGAUAUUUGCGAAAGUUAAAUCGUGUGUCUGGAAUAAUUUUUUUCUUUUUUUUUUUUUAGUGUAUGGGAUAAAUAAGUUUCAACCUAUUAGAAUGAGUUGUUUUUGAAAAUAUAAAGAAGAGGAUGGAGAAGGUUUUGAGUAGAAUAUUUUAAAAUUGUACUGUUUUUUUUUUUCCUAACACUAAUAGUUAAAGACUAUUAAUAGUUAAGAUUUUAUUUUCCAAGCGAAUUUAUAAUAUUAUUAUAAAAACCGUGCACUGUCUUAAAAAUCAAUAAAAUUACAGUAUCUUACAAAUUCAUUUUGAAAAUUAUUCCCGUUUUCUGCAGGUAGAUCGCAAUUACAAAGUUUCCUAAUUAAGCAUCUAUCGGUAUAUUCACGAAUAUUCAGUAUAUUAUUUUAUUGUAUUUUGAAAUAGGCAGGGAAGUAAAAGUAAAACUCUAAAUUUCAUAUUGUGCUCACGUCAAUAAUAAUUGAAUAUAUUUAUAAAAUCAUUUAAAUAAUGAUAAAUUGAUUUCAGAUAGAAUUCGAGGAAAUGAGUUUAUCAGGCCACGAUUCGCAAAAUAUGAUGCAUUUCCACACGCCGGCCAGCGCGAUGAGUAUAAGCAGCUAUGACAUGAUUGGCGGCGAUCCCGAAAGAACGUACAAAAUCGUGUUCGCCGGCGACGCGGCUGUCGGGAAAACGUGUUUCAUACAUCGUUUUUGUAAAGGGACGUUCGCCACAAAACUCGGAUCGACCUUAGGUUUAAAUACAAAAUAAAAAAAUAAUAUUAUUAUUUGCUUAGGGACGGGCGAUUCGAUCCCUAUCGAUACUUUCGAUACUUAAGACGCUGUAUCGAAUAUCGAAAUUGAGGUAUUUCUGGUAUCGAUUUGUAAUAUUGUUUUAAAGUAUGUUUUAUAAUACACAAACUGUUUCGCAAUACUUUGCCCGUGCAAUAAAAAAGUUUCUAAAGAAAAUUAAUAGACAAAUUAUCAAUAUACGCUAUAAUUGGAUUUUUAUACUAAAAAAUAUAUCUAAAAACCGAAUGUUAGGGACUAGUAUUCAAUAGGGGAUGGAUUUAAAAAGCUAUAAAUCAUCUCCGGAUAACGUCGAACAACUUCCCAAAGUUGCAUAGCGUUCGGAUGAAUGGCGUAGUAAUUUAUGAAUCAGCGGUUCCCAAACUAUUUCGUCUUAUGGCGUCCUUUUGGAACUGAAUUUUUCUCAUGGCGCUCCCUGAUAAAAUCGAUGACCAUUUUUUUUAGAUAAAAUAAAAAAUAGAACAUUUUAAGGAUAAUAAAAAAAAACUAUUAUUUAAUUAUAAUCAUAAAGAAAUUAUUUUAUAAAUUUUAUUUUAUUAAGAUUUUAUACAUUUUUAGAAAACAUUAAAUUAAUGGGAUGGAUGCGCUUGCAAAUCACUGCACAAUUUUUUAAAUCUCGGAAUCAAAGUAGACACAACCACUCUCAUUUCUUUUUCUACAUUUAUUUUUGAUCGAUAUUUGCUUUUUAUCACUGCAACCACCGUUUUAUAUUUAGCGAUUCUAUAAGCCACUUUGUAAGAUGCUAACAAAGCAUUUUUUGGUAUUGAUACAUUAUUGAGAAACGUACUUUUUUUCAGUUUGAGUUCUUUUAACUUUCUCGAAAAAAAUCACAAGAUUUUCCUACUGCGUGCUUGUGAUUCGCUUCUAAAUGGCGUUUCAAUUUAUUCGGCAACAUGCAUUCUGGUGCCAAAAAUUUCAUACACAAUACAAACAAUAGUUUUUUCUUACCAUUAAUUUCCGUUAACGUAAAACCAAAUUUCAAAUAACUAUUUUUCUACUUACGAUAUUUUCACUUUUUUCACAACCGUACCAUGACUGAUUGAAGGUAUACUUUCUUCAUCUUCACAACGUUUAUUAUUAUUCAAUAAAAAUCGAUCCAUUGUUAAAAAUAAAAGGAACCGGAUGCCGCGGCGCACACUUUGGGAACCACUGGUAUAAAGGAUAAGCAAUCAUACAUUCGUUUUUAUAUAAUAGACAAAAAAAAAGGACAUAAUUCUCACGUGGAUGCAGCCACUGUUGUAGGUGGAAAGUUUAGAAGGUAGGGUACAGAAGAGAAUUGAAUGUAUGUCUGUAAGCAACGAUAAACCAUAGCUAACGAAAAACGAUUCUGAUCUAUUCUGCGAUUCAGUUGAUAAAUAGAUUAAUAUUUGUACAUUUAAACAAAGGUAUCGUGUAUCGAUUCUGAAUUUUUGAUGUCGCCUGUCUCUAACACUAAUAAUACAACGGAAUAAAUAUACCUACCUUUUAUGUAAUGUAAAUGCAAUAAAAGAGCUGGUACAGCUGAUGGGUAUGACACUGUUGUAGAUGGGAAGUUGGAAAGGUAGAAUGCAGACAAUUAUUUAAUUUAUAUCUUACGCAACAAUGACUCAUUGCUACACGAUUCUAAGCGAAGUUUGAAUUCUAAUUUUAUCACGUUUAGAAAAGGCCAAUACAACUAUUCUGUAAACAUUUCAAAUGUCUAUGGUUACUUUUAUUCGAAUUACAACAAAAAGCAAAAUCGAAAAUAAUGAAACCACCGUUAUUUUCGUAAACUUUCCCGUUUUUCCUACGUUUUUUUUUUCGAUGUAUCUCAGUUACUAAGAAAAUUACUUGGAAUAUAAAAAUGAUUUCCUGAGUAUACUAACAUGGUCUUAAACGGAAUAAAAAAAAUCUUCAGCCAUAUUUUGUUUGAAGCAAGACCUCUAGUAGUAAAGUUGCUUACAGAGAAAAGAAAAAAAUCGUAUAUACAUAGUAAAACCAAUACAAUCUACGCUGUGCUCAAAAUUUAAAAUAAAAUAAAGAAUGUAUUAAGGAAUUAUAUCCGUAGAUAUUUGAAAAGACGAAAAUAUAAUAUAGAAUGUAACAGGACAAUAUUCUUGGCCGAAAUAAUAUAUAAAAACAUCAUCACGAAUAAGUUAUUCUUUUUUGCUCAUAAUCCGGUAAAUAAAAUUUCUCGCGCCAAGAUCUGAAUCCGCCCCUGCCUAUAAUAAUAACAAUAAAUAGCUUUAUAAACGAACGAACACUGUGAUUUUUCUUGGCACACGUCGAUACUCAUAAUAAUUUUAUAUUUGACUAAAGUCGAUUAUCACCGUUUGUCAACGAACUAAACGUUUACUUCCGUACUUCGGUGGUAAUUGAUUUCCAUAGUAACAACAUGUUUUACGUACUUACUCGUAUGAUAAUAAUCUAAUUUACAUGUAUUAUUGGAUCGAUCGUUACAUAAAUAAUAUUAUAGGAAUUAUAACAUGAAAAGUUGGUAACAUUAUAUUUUAACCUAUAACUUUUAAAGAUAAAAAAUAUAUUAUUAUUGUUUACCUAGAUUAUUUUUCCGAUUCAGAUCUAAACGACUGCAAUGGAUUUUGCUAUCGAUUUAUUAUUUUACAAUAACAUUAUGGUUCGGAAAAUAAUAAUACCGCGGAGCCUUGACAUUAUUAUGAUAAUUUAUUACUAUAUAUAAAGUAUUCUAAAACUAUUUGAUAUAGGUAGUACCUAUAAAUAGCAUAUUAUUCUAGUGUAGUGUACUAGUGUGAAUAAACACUAUACGUUAUAAAUCAGCGGUUCUCAUCCUUUAUGUGUUGACGGCCCAAGAUAUUUUCCAUGCGAUCUUUUUGAAAAUAAUUUUCACUUGGGGGCUACCCACUCUACCCAAUCCACUUCAUUGUUCAAUUACUAUGACUUAAAGAAACUGUAUUACCUUUUAUUUAUUUUUAAAGUGAUAUACACGACUAAACGAGUAAUGGAUACCUCGUGAAGUUCACAGUAUUAAUAAUUGAUACCGAAACAAAUGAUCGUCAACAACUUAUUUAAUCGUUUUCGUGAAUGUCAACCGAUAAAGUAUAAUUAUAACAUUGAAAGAUAAUAGUUUAAUAUUACAAAUUUUUACUUGUUUGUCAAAAAAAGUAAUUUGCGAGAAUUAUUUCAUUAAUUAUUUUUGAAAACUAUUUUAUACAAGUAGUUUAAAAUGAAAUUAUAACAUGAACGUUUUAAUUAUUAGAGAUCUAUUCAGAAUUACCUAUUCUCAACCCAAAAUUGGGUCAUGAUCCUAUAGUUGAGGAACGCUGUAUAAAUGAUAAAAAGCGGCCAUAAUUUGCACGUGGAUGAAACACUAUUGUGGGUGAGAAGUUGGGAAGAUAAUAGAAAGGAAAUUUAAUGUUUGUCUGUACGUAACGAUUAUUGCUAACGAAAAAACUAUUCUGAGCUGAUUUCGAUUGAUAGUGUGGUUUUGUCAACAAUAUAUAUAUAUAUAUAUAUAUAUAUGUUAUAUUAUGGAAAAAUAAUUACAUUUGCAUUAUAUAUUUGCUUUAAUAAUACCUAUUUGUUUAAUAUUGUACCUAUUUUCCGUUGUUUACUACUUCCUAUGUUUUUCCCGGUUUUUCCCACUUUUUAUAAAAACAGCUAGGAAAAUAAAAAAAUGACCUCCCUAAGGUACCACCUCAGUCAGAUUUAAUUUUAGAAAAAGUGCAAUCAAUGUAAAUCGGAGCAAAAUUGCUGGUAGAAAAGUUGUCCUCUGAAAAAAAAAUAAACAUUAUUGUAAAGUCAAUACAUUUCUCGAUGCACUCAAAAUCUAAAAUAAAACUAGUAUCACCUAUAGAUUAUUGUCGAAAUUCCAAGCAAAAAUUAUCAGUACAAAACGGACGGGGGAAGGAAACGGAAAUUUCACUUUUUACUACUUUAUUGUCAAUAUUGUAUUUUUUUUUGAAAUUUUAACUUGAUUUUACAGGUGUUGACUUCCAAGUGAAAACGAUCAGAGUUGACGACAGAAACGUAGCGUUACAGUUAUGGGAUACUGCAGGUAAAUUUUCGAGAGAAAAAAAAACUAAAAUCUUCAAAUAAAUUACUAUUUCUAGAUAACUAUAACUUUUAUGUUGAACAAUUCUGCUUACAACACUAUUUCCGGCACUCAAAUACUCAAUACAUUGAUAAAUCAAUUUUACUGCCACCUGCAGUCACAUAAACAACGCGUGUUUAAUUAUGCAUUGGAUCCGUCGUUUCUGUGCGAAAAGAAUAUUGUUGGUUAUACGUGGAAGUGUUUUUUGUACCUAUUGCCCAUUUUUUAUUUAAGUCUUUGUUUGCAAAUAAGAGUAUACGGAAAAUUACAUCCAGUAACGUAUUAUCCAUAUAUGGACAGGAAUAAUUUAAAUUGUACAUAAACCAUACUUUGAUGUGAUUAUUAUUUUUUUUUUUUAGAGUUUUUCUCAGUAGUUUUUCAUUAAAACCUGUAAAAUAUAGUAGCUAUAUCAACAAUUUUUAAGUAGGUACACUUAUCUAUCAAAUUUGGUUAUUAUUCAUUAUUAUUCAUAAACAAAUAAUUUCAAAGACUUCAUGAUUUUUUCGGAUUAUCAAAUGUAUAAGUACCUGAAAAAAAAAUAUUUAUGUUCUUUAAAUUUCACAAUAAUUAAAAAACAACAGUUAAAAUACAUUAUGUGUAUAUUAUUUUUUUUUACAUAUUAUAUUAAAAGAUUUUCAAAAGACAAUUUCACAAAUACAUAAUAACUUGAAAUGAUUGUAACGAGGAUUACUACUAGAGCCGCAUUUUUCAAUGCGAAGAAAUGUAUUUUUAUUGGUUGAUCUAAGUCCAUGCUUUCCAAGUACAUGGUUUGUUUAGUAUAAUUUUAAUUAUAGAUAGGUACUGUAAUGAUCCAAAUGUUUAUUUUGCGUUUUUCCUGAUUUUUUUGGUUAUUUUGUAAGUUUUAAGUGCAUACAUUAUACGAAUUAAUAGUCAAUUAAUAGUAAACUACAUUUAGGUAAUAUAAAAUAUUAUACCAAAAAAUUGAAUUUACUUUAAUAUACUAUAAUUAUAUACUUACUUGAAGUACUUUAAUAUAUUAUAUCUAUAGAGUUUUAGGUAUUCUUCUUCAGUACAUAUUAUUAUCAAUCAAUUUAUUUAUGAUUUCAAUAACGUUUAUAUAUUAUCUUGAUUAAUAGUUGUAAUAGUAAAUCACUCGGGUUCAAAUGAAUAAAAACCAUAAAAAUGAAAAUUUAAUUUUCCAUUUUCGUUGUUUUCUAUUUUUAGAGGAUUAUUAUAGCAUUUUUAGAUAAUUUUGAUAGAUCAUAUUUCGCUAAAAGGUUUUUUUAUGCCAUUUCGGGAAAAAGUAGAUAUAGUGAUCAGAAUCAGCAUUUGUACUUUCUUAACUUCUGAAUGCAACUGCUAUGUCCUUUAUUUAUUAAUAUGCGGUCAAUUUCGAUUUUGAGUCCAUCAAAUGACUUCCAAGUGUGUUUGUGUAUAUAUUUCCUGGGAAAAUAUGUGCUGCUUAUAAUUAGAUCUUUUGAACAUGCACAAUUUACUAAUUAGGUUUCAUUUUCAUUACUGGUAUACCAAUAGUUGGCCUAUAUAUCUACUCUCUUUAUCAACUUUCGUAUUUAGAUUCCCUACUAUCAUCUUCACACAAUGUAGAUGCAAUUCGUUCUAUACUGUUUUCUAGGUCUUUUUCUGUUUUAUGUCCUUAUUUUUGUCCUUUGUAGGUGCGUAAUAAUUUAUGAUAAUUAAGACAAAUAUCCUUAUUCCUGUCAUUUGAACAUAACAGAUCCGGUCAUUGACCGACUAAAAAGUUUUUCACGAUUGGUAGUAUUUUAUCAUGUACCAUAAAACCUAUUCCAUUUUCGUGUUUUUCAUUAUUGUUACCAUUGUAAAAUAAUUUUAUAUGUUCUUAAAUAACUUAGUAAUAAUAAAAUAAAUAAAUAAAAUUGGGUUUUAUUAUUAUUAUUUUUUUAAUUGUCUUUCGUUGUAUUUUAAAGGACAAGAAAGAUUUCGUUCUAUUACAAAGGCGUAUUUUCGAAGAGCAGAUGGAAUCGUUUUGCUUUACGACGUUACCAAUGAAAGAUCGUUUAUCAAUAUCCGUCAAUGGAUUUCAUCAAUUACUGUAAAUAAUCGAAUAAUUUAAAUAUAUUUUAGAAUAAUAUUUAGAAUAAUGAUAAUAACCAGAAAAGAAAAUUUGGAAAUUUCUGAAGUUUUUUUUUUUUAAAUAUUUGUCUGUGUUCAACUCUGACUAUAUAAUCAUUAAUUGUUCUCUUCGCAAAACUAUGUGUAACUUAAAAAAAAUACAUCCCUUUUACUUGGGUUUUCCAUGGCUAAUAAUAGUGAUGAUCUACUAAUAUUUGUUACGCACUUUUUAUAAAAAAAAAAAAAAAAUGUACAUAACAUAUGUUUACUUUUGGCUCGUUGUCCAAUAGUAAUAAAAAAAUCACGAACAACUUGACCUAUUCCUUUAUUGAAUACAUUAGUUGGUCCUAUUGUGAAAAUGAAAAAAAAAAUAUUGACCAUUAGCGCCAUUAUGACACGAGUCAACACUGCGAUGAUGAUAAUAUUUUUAUAUAUUUUAUUGCAGGACGUAGCCGAUAAACAGUUACCGGUCUGUAUUUGCGGAAAUAAAGUUGAUUUGAGGCGCGAAGCCGAGUUGCAAGGAAUAACGUGCGUGUCCACGGACCACGGUGAACUUUUGGCUAAAGACUAUAAUGCGGUAUUUUUCGAAACCAGUUCUAAAAUCGGAACGAAUAUUAACAAUGCGCUGGUUACACUAUCCAGGUAUAUAGGUAUCCACCUACGUUAGGUACUUGUCUUAAAAAUAUUGGCAGUUAAAAAUGCCCAAGUUAAUUAUUAUUAUAACCGAUUUAUAUUAACAAGUACAGAUAUACUAUUACUAUAGAUCCGUAGAUUUAUUUAGUUGGCAUUUCGUCUCUAUUGUCCCUAAUACAGAGGUGUGCCCGAACAUUUACAAAGGAAUGGAAUGUGGGUAGUAAAUAAUAAUAUCACGGGCAAAUCGUAGGAUGCCCAAACCAACAGUAUGGGAAUUUAAAAGCCGAAUCUAAAAUACCCAAAUCUUAUUGUUUAAUACAUCAAACUUUUCCUUAUUGUGAUCUAACCGAAUAAAUACUCAUAGAUGUUGUGUUUUUAAGCCAAUUGGAGGGAGGGUAUAACCCCUAAUUUCCUCCACCAUUUGAAAUAUUAUAAAUUUUAGAUUUUUAUAAGUAAUAAAAACUAAUUGUAAAAUGUAAAUGUUACGCCACACGCUAAUUGUUUAUAUUCGCAUUUAUGCGUUCAAUUACUGUAAAAUAUUUAAAUGUUUGCAGAGAAAUGUUAAUCAGGGAAGAUGUUGACAUCCAAACGUCUGCUUUGUGUGUCGCAGAUCAAGACCAUCGAAAAUUACACGCGUGUUGUUAACGUAGUGACCGUUACAAUAUUACUAUAAUAUAUUUUGUUUAAUACGAAAACUCACCAUUUAUAUACUUUAAAUAAUACUAUAUAAUAAUACGCUAUACUCAUUGAAUAUUUUGUUUGACAUAAUCAUAAAAAAAAA